AUGCCGAUGAUAGAAUUAAAAGAGCUGAAGACUCAAUUCCAGGAACUACUGGACAAAGGUUUCAUUCGACCUAGUACCUUACCCUGGGGAGCUCCAGUACUGUUUGUGAAGAAAAAUGAUGGCACGAUGAGGUUAUGCAUCGAUUACUGGGAGCGGAACAAGGUUACCAUCAAGAAUCGGUACCCUCUGCCACAAAUCAAUGACUUGUUCGAUCAACUUCAAGGCACCCAAAAGGAACUGAAUAUGAGACAACGGCGGUGGCUAGAAUUCAUAAAAGACUAUGAUGUAGAAAUUCAUCACCAUCCAAGCAAAACUAACGUGGUGACAAAUGCACUGAGCCGAAAGACGACUAGAGGUUUGGCAUGUACUCUCGUUUCCUGCAAGAUCAAUGGACUGCUCGCUAACAUAACCGUGGAAUCUACCUUGAUUGAAGAAAUUAGAGCACGCCAAUGUGAAGAUAACCUUUUGAAGAAGAAGUACAAGGAGCAAAGAUGUACACUUGAUUCUAAUUUCACUCUAAGCAAUGGGAUACUAAAAUUUCGAAAUCAAAUUUGUGUACCCGACAUUCCGGAACUCAAGUAG